UCAUUCACCUCCGCACUGCAGCUAAGGGAGGCCCGCCCUGGUGCUGGCUGCUGCUUGUGGCCCUGGGCAGGCGUGAGAAGAGGGGCUAGGGGUUGCCUGUCCUGCCCCCACCCUGCCGGGGCCUCCCUCCCCUUCCACUAAGUCAGGCCUUAGGUUAAUUAUAACUCUGACCUAAGUGCCCCGUGACGCCCGGCCCCGCGGUCCUGCCCAACGGAGACCCAGCAACCAGGUCCAUGUCUUAGCUAUGCUCCCCGCGGACGUGCCCCUAUCCCACCUGGGCCCCUCAGUGCUGCUGCUGCUGCAGCUGCUGCUGCCUCCCGCAUCUGCCUUCUUCCCCAACAUCUGGAGCCUCCUGGCUGCCCCCGGCUCCAUCACCCACCAGGACCUGACCGAGGAGGCGGCGCUCAACGUCACGCUGCAGCUCUUCCUAGAGCAGCCGCCCCCAGGUCGGCCCCCUCUUCGCCUUGAAGACUUCCUGGGCCGCACCCUCCUUGCCGACGACCUCUUUGCCGCCUACUUUGGACCUGGGUCUCCUUCCCGACGGUUCCGAGCAGCCUUAGGAGAGGUGUCUCGUGCCAAUGCCGCCCAAGACUUCCUGCCAACUUCCAAGAAUGACCCUGACCUGCACUUUGAUGCCGAGCGGCUGGGCCAGGGCCGCACACGCCUGGUGGAGGCUCUACGGGAGACUGUGGCGGCAGCCAGAGCCCUUGACUACACCCUGGCUCGCCAGCGCCUGGGGGCUGCGCUUCAUGCCCUGCAGGAUUUCUACAGUCACAGCAACUGGGUGGAACUUGGGAGGCAGCAGCCACACCCUCACCUUCUCUGGCCGAGGCAGGAGCUCCGGAGCCUGGCACAAGUGGACAAUCCUACCUGCUCCAACUGUGAGGAGUUGAGCUGCCCUGGAAACUUGCUGACCUUCACACUCCUCACCUCUGGCUACUUUGGAACUCAUCCCCCCAAACCUCCAGGGAAAUGUAGCCACGGGGGCCACUUUGACCAGAGCAGCUCCCAGCCACCACGGGGAGGCAUCAACAAGGAUAGCACAUCCCCAGGCUUCUCCCCCCACCACAUGCUGCACCUCCAGGCUGCAAAACUGGCCCUUCUGGCCUCCAUCCAGGCCUUCAACCUCCUACGAAGCCGCCUGGGAGACAGCAGUUUCUCUAGGCUGCUGGACAUCACCCCAGCCUCCAGCCUGAGCUUCGUCCUGGAUACCACAGGCAGUAUGGGCGAAGAGAUCAAUGCUGCCAAGAUCCAGGCCCGUCAUAUUGUGGAGCAGCGACGGGGCACCCCCAUGGAGCCCACCCACUAUGUCCUGGUGCCGUUCCAUGAUCCAGGUAACUGUGGUCUGGCCAGCAGAGUGGAAGCAAGUCCAGGGCAAGAGGUAAUGUUACUGGUAGGGAAGCGGGCUUCAUGGCUUCACUUCCAUAAUAGAAUGGAGGCACUUCCUAUGAUCCUUUUCCUUUAUUGGUACCUCUAUGCAUAUAGGGAACUAUCAGUCACUUCUGCUGUUUCCAAUAUGACAGCAUUUGCUAUAGGAGUUUAAUCAUGAUGGGUGCUUAGGCAGGCAGCCUCUGAGUUGUUAGGCGUCCAUCCUAAUAAGUCAUUUUCAAUUCUCUCCAUUUCCUGUGACAGAGGUUGGGAUGAAGAUGGGGAAGUUGGUGUGUCCAGGCCUCUGUGAAAUAUCUGAGACAGCUACUUAUAUCGUAUUCCUUCCCCCACUGACUUAGAAAUCAGAUUAUCUGACCUCGGUUGACCAAUCUUACUGUGUGUCCUUAGCCUGUUUGUUUAACCUCUCUUUCCUCAACUUCAUCAUCCAUAAAAUGGGUCAGUAUUUAUCCUGACUAUCUCCCAGGGUUGAAAUGAUCAUCAAAUAAAAUUUGGACUGAAACUUCCCUAAGGAGUGGGUUUGAGUCUGAUCCACCUAUAUAAAUCUCAUGGUGACUGACAUUCAACAGGAGCUUAUCACAUAUUUGAUAAGGGUAUGAAUAAAUGAAUAAUUAAGAAUUUAGCACUUAUUAUGUGUCAAAACACUGCUCUGAACUUUACAAAAUCAACUCAAUCAUCUCAGUGGGCUUCUCUGAGGUAAGCACUAUUUCUCUGGCUUUUCUGUGAGGAAACUGAGGACCCAGGUUUUGGUUUU